AUGGUAGGCAAAAAAAGGGCUUGGAGUGAAGAUUCGUGGGCUUAUGAUGUAAGCGAUGAAGAACCUAUUCGUAUUGGAGAGAAGUAUGAUCAAGAAUUUACUGGCGAUGACGAUGUGAGUGACAAAGAGCUGCUUCGCAUAGAAGAAGAAGGACAGAGGGGUUCAGGUACACCCUUAUUUGAAUUUGAACAUCAUCCCAAUGGGCAGCCAUCUCGGUUCAAGAAAGACCGUGAUCAAACAGCUUCCUUUCAAGCCGACGAUCCCUUUGACGUCGAUGUGACGCUAGUGGCACGCAAUCGCGAAGAAGGGGGAGAAAAUGUAGAGGGGAAAGGCAAACGGUGGCUGGGCCACAAGAAACUUGCUGCGGAUCUGCACGACCGCCGCAGUAUAUUGCAAGUGUCCAACGAAGACGAGAUGUGCUGCGCUCGCGCCAUUUGGAUAUUCAAAUCAGCGUGUGACGCCUUUGAUUCCCCCACAAACCAAGAGCCGAGACGGCAGUACGAUAAUAUGAGAAAAAACCCCCAAGCACUCACAAAACGUGCUAAAUAUUUACAUCGAGAAGCUGGUGUGCCGGAAGGACCGUGUGGGAGAUCAGAAUUAGAAGCUUUCCAAGCUUAUUUAGCACUUACCUACCAACUGAAAGUCAUCACUGCCUGCUACCCUUACGGGGUACUAUUUGAAGGUCACGUGACGGAACCGCCCCAGCAUAUCGUGCGUUUGUUGUACUUGCCUCCUACAGGAAAUGAAGAAAUAGGGCAUUAUCACGGCUGCAAAUCUCACCGGGCGUUCUUAGAAAGAUCUUAUUUUUACGGUAUGUGUAACAGAGGCUACGAUCACGAAGAUUUUUGCCAUUAUCCGUAUGAAGGGCGGCGUUGCAAAGCUUGUAAGCAAGUAGCCUGUGGGUCUAAACCCCAUCAACCCACCAUCUAUUCCCGUCAAUGUCAUCGCCAUUUUUAUGAUGAAAGAUGUAUGGCCUACCAUGUGACCGAAGGUAUUUUCGCGAGUUGGCUUCGCUGCGAGUUGUGUUGUAAAGAGUACACGCCUUAUGACGACCCGCAUGAAUGCUAUACAAGCCGAUGUCGGGCAUGCAGAGAAGAUGUGGAUUUGACAUCGUAUCAGUGUUACAUCCAGAGCGUGGAGGAAGAAGAAGAUCAACCCGUAAAAAAGCCCGCAGACCUUUACAAAAAACAGAAACGGCAGAAUCCCAAUGUCAGCCCUUAUGUCGACCCACCCAUUUUCGUCUAUGCCGAUUUUGAAGCGAUGAUCGAGUCUGACGGUACCCACACCCCCAUCUUAGUGCGCGCCGAAACGGGAGACUCGGACGAGUGCCACACCUUUUACGGCCCAGAGUGCACUGGGGAAUUUUUAGAUUUUUUAGGUUCCCUCAUCUAUGGUACCGACACCCACCCCAUUCCUAAAGAAGAGAGUCAUGACGUGAUAUGUAUAUUUCACAAAUUGAAAGGAUACGAUAGUGUCUUCUUAAAAGCGCAACUCUUAAAAGAACACAGGAGAUUUGAUUUUAUGAUUCCUAACGGAACGAAACAAUUGUCUCUAUCCUACGGAAGAGUGCAAUUUAAAGAUUCCUUCUGUUAUAUUCCGUCCUCGCUGGCUCAAUUUUCCAGUACGUUUGGAAUCGAAGAAUGGAAGAAAGGGUUUUUUUCGUCACGCGUUUCACACUCCCCAGAAUGCAGAAUAUGUGGGUGCUUUACCGGAUCGCAUUCAUUUCGACCCCGAGUCCAUGUCGGAGAAAAAAUGGCUGAAUUUGAAGAGUGGUACAGAGAAGAAUCUGCCCGUUAUCAACCGCCUGCCGUGUACGAUCUAAAACGUGAAUUGAUCGACUGUUGUGGGUCAGAAUUAAAGUUACUCAAAGCCGGAUGUCGAAAAUUUGUAUCCGAAUUUCGCGCGGUCGCUGGCUUUAACACGAUAGAAAAAUGUGUCACCAUCGCACAAGCCUGCUAUCGCUACUGGCGCAAACGCAUGAUGGAGGAGGACAGCAUUGCCUUGGAACCGUGUAGUGGUUGGCAUGGGGCUCGUCCAACGCAUUCUUUGAAAUCGCCAGAGUGGUUGUUGUGGGAGGAGAGGCAGCGUGGAAUUCGCAUACGUCGCGCAAGAAAUGGCGGUGAAGUGGGCUUACGUUUGGCUGGUCGCACUCAUCACGUCGAUGGAUAUCACGAACAGUCACGCACUUGUUUUGAGUUUCAAGGGUGUUUGUUUCACGGAUGUCGUACCUGCUUUCCCGAUAGAAAACAAGUGCCUCACUGUGCCAUGGGUUUAAAUGUGGAAGCGUUAAGUAGACAAACCUUGCAGAAAGUCAAAGCGUUGCGUGACGCCGGGUAUACGGUGGUGGAAAUGUGGGAAUGA